AUGUGUUACAUGCCCGCGCCAGUGACGAAAGUCGUCCAAUCCCUGAAGCAGAAGCGCAAGCAGGCCAAGGCGGCCGCCGCCGAGAAGAAGCGCGCCGCCCAUGAGCAGCAGCUUGAGGCCCUGUUCGGACCGGCACCGGCCGAGCCUCCAUCUGGAACCAGGCCGACAACCCAUCACGAGUAUCCGGUUGCAACCCAUCACGAGCAUGCGGUUGCGAGCAACCCGAAGCAGAAGCACCACCAGGCCAAGGCGGGCCCCGCCGAGGAGAAGCGCGCCCCCGAGGAGCACCAUCAGCUCCAGGCCCUGUUCGAAGAGGCCGAGCCUCCUUUCUACACCAGGCCGCCAAUCCGACACGGGCCUGUGGUUGCGAGCGAGGCUUCCGGCUCCUCCACCUGCGCUGAGCCUUCUUCUUCCCCCGCCGACCCUUCCUCUGACACCGGGUUCCCGUCUAUGGCCGAGUGGUGUGCUCAACGUGUUGCUCAACAUGUUGCUGAACGCAAACCCGUCGUGGACCCCAACGACCCUUCUUCCUCCUCCACCGAGAUCCCGAUUGUCUACGAGUACCUCACUCGACGUGCCGCCGAACGCGGCGGACGGCCCGUCCAUUUCCCACACCACUGGACUGCCGAAGACAUACUCGCACCCAUAGAACACAAAGUAUGGUUCACCAUCCGGCAUCCUGACGGAACUACCGAAAAGGUUCUGAGACCUCAGGUGUUCAAGGAACCUCGGAUGCGAAAACGACGGGGUGUCGUCGUGCAAAAUGAAGACCACGCCGGAUCCAGCAUAGGAGAGGGCACGUCGUCUCAACCUGGUAAGGAGGAACGAAAACGGUGGGGUGUCGUCAUGAAGGACGCGCCGGAUCCAGCGAAGGACACGCCUCAAACUGGUGAGGGGUCCACCUCGAAGGAAGGCUGA